AUGAAUUAAACUUUUAGCAAAAUCAGACCCAAAACAACCGACUCUCAUACUCGAAAUUCCUCUCACCAUUAAUUGAUCUCUCAAUUGUUUUAAUAAAUCAAUUCCUAUUAUGAGUAAGAUGAAAAACCCAGACCCAAAACUCAAUCCAGAUAAAGAAAAAUCAUUCCUUUGAAUUAUUCUCAAUCUAAUACUUAUGACCCUACAGACAAUUUAAUUGAUCGCUUAUAUCCCACCAUAGAAUAAGAUGCAAAAUUCGUUUUCAUCAAGACUAGAGAAAGAGCCCUUCGAAAACCUCCCUCAGGUAAAAGCAGAAAAAAAAUGAAUGACGAGCCAAAAUUUUAACUCAACCCCAUUAAGAAAACAACCUUAAUUGAAGAAAUUAACUAAUAGACUGAUCCUCCUAAAAAGACAAUUGAAUAAAAGACUGAUAGUUCAUUCUAUCUUCUCAAGUAGUUGCAUAUUUUUAUUUAGUUCUAUACAUAUGCUCAAGACAAUGAAAAAAGAUAAAAUGAAAUUAUUUAAUUGCAGUUUUAAUUGACUUUUUAUUUUGCUAUUAAAUAUACGUGUUAAAUUUUAAUGAGCAAUCCUUCAACUCUUCUUGAAUAUCAUCCAGCCAAAUAACCCAAUCCCAACAUCAUAAAAUUGCUCACUCAACAUCAAGACUUGUUUCUCAUUCAGAAUUAAUAACCUUCAACUUUAGGAGUUUAAUACCCUCUUAAAUUAGAUGCAAAAGAAAUGCUUAUAGAAGUUCAACCAGAUCAAAAAUUCACUCAUCCUAAAUACUACUAAAAAGACAAUAAAGUUCAAAAAAUUACUAAACAACCUGCAUAACCUGCCUCUACAAUUUUUGUCGAAAGCGGACUUUGUGAUCCAAAUAAAAAAGCUUGGUUUUACUUAGAUGAAAAUUAAAAGUCAUAAGGACCUCACACAUCAGCAGAAAUUGAUUAAUUGAUCACUAAAGGCACUAUCAAUAUGCAAACUAAAGUUGCUUUAGAAACUUUAGAUAAAUUGGUUAGAGUCGAAAAGAUUGUAUAAGCAGUUAAUAAAAAAAAAGAAGCUGAUUCAAAAUUAAAAGAAGCAUAAAAAUUAAAACAAGAAGAAGAAAAUAAAUAAAAAUCACUAGAUUCACCCACUAAAGUCGAAAAAUAAGAAGAACCUAAAGUUUAAUAGUCCAAACCAAAAGAAGAAUAAGGAAUUGAUUUUGAAAUAGACUACUCAAAAAUUAAAUAGAAUAUCGAUAUGGGAUAAUGGGCAAAGCCAUUGGUGGCACAACCUAUUUAAGUCAAAGUUACUAAGGCAUAUACAAAUAAUCCAUAAUAAUCAAAACAAAACAAUAAGCCUACUGAAAGAAAAAGAAGCGAUAAUAAGAGUAUGCAUGUUGAAGGAAAUAAAGGAAAUUUAUAUUAAAAAAAAGGAUAUGAAAAAUAAUAAGAAGUGAUCUUAGAGGAAAAACCAAAAGAAGAAUCAGAUGCUGCUGUUAAUCAAGAAGUUUAAGAUUAUUUAAAGAAAUUGGAAACAAGAAAACCAGAAAAAGCAGAAGUUUAAUAAUAACCAGAAAAAAUACAAUAAUAAAAAACUUAAGUUUAGUAGUAUUAAAAAUUAAAAACUGAACCACCUAAAUAGGAAUAAAAUAAAUAACCUAAAUAGCAAUAAGAAGCCGUAGAUAGCGCUGAUGAAUGGGAAAUAGUUGGAGCAAAGAAGAAUUCAUAGCCCAAAAAGGAAUAAUAAUAAAAAUAAUAAACUAAAGUUGAAUAACCAACAACUUAAAAAUAACAAUAAUAAUAAUAAUAAUAAUAAUAAUAAUAGUAGUAGUAGUAGUAGUAGUAGUAAUAGUAAGAAGAUGAUGAUGAGGAUGAAGAUGGAUGGCAUACUGUCGGUGCUUCAAAUAAAGAUAAAAAAAAGCCUGUUAAUAAAAAAAUUUAAUAAAAGAAUUCAAAUAUUCCUGGAUUUGCUGUGGAAAUCAAAACAGAUUCCGUCACGAUAUCAUCUGGAUCAGCCAAAAAACAACCGCCAUAAAAAUAAAAAAAACCUGAGCCUGUAUAAUAAUAAUAAUAACAGCCUACAUAAACACAACAAUAAAUUUAACCACAAAAUAAUCAAAACGAUGAUGAUGAUGAAGGUUGGAUUGAAGUAGAAGUUGGAUAGGCACCAAAAAAGGUUGCCUAAUCUAAAAAAGGAAAAUGA